UUCAGUUGUUAUCAGUUUAUUCCACUAAUUACCGAAGUUGUUAUUUUCAUGUUCCAGAGAUUUUCUUGUUAAACUUGCAUCAUAACUUGGAUAGUUUCAAAAUAGUAAAGUCAUCUUUUGUGUUUUGAUGGGUAAUGGUAAAAUACUAAUAUGAGCCCGCGAUAAGCGUCCGUUGACUACUUGCGCUUUCAUGUGCCUGACACUGACAGUGCCUGUAGAAUUUGCCGUGCGAACGAGUUGAGAAUCUGCAGACUUCUCAACAUGGACGCUGCAGCUCAAGAAAUCCAACAGAUAAUGCGCAUUAUUUCCAUGAUGGGCGAUCCAUCCGUGCCCAAUGCCGAGAGAAUGCAGGCAUACCAGGCUUGUGAAGAAAUGAAGAAAUUGCUGUCCUCUCACCAGAAAACCGACCUAGGAUUCCGCAUCGCCACCAGCGCCGACAUCGGUGCCAACCCCGUUCUUCGGCGUUUCGGGUUGCAGCUGAUCGAAGACGUCGUGAAGUACAGCUGGAACGAUCUUGACCAACCGGACAAAGUGUUCGUCAAAGACAUCACGAUUCAGUUGAUCACCAGACUGGGGAGCGAUUCAGUCGAUGGGUACAUUUCGGAUGGCAUCGCCAAGAUUCUCGUGGAAAUCGUCAAACGUGAAUGGCCACAGCAUUGGCCGUCCAUGCUGCAAGAAGUGGAGCUGCUGUGUGCACAAGGCCCCAACCAGCUGUAUGUGAUUAUUCUCAUGUUUCACCGUUUGGUGGAGGAUUUACUGCAGUUCCAUAGUUUAUCUCCGGCACGGCACAAAGAAGUCUCGGAGGCCUUCACCAGUAUGCUGCCGGAUUUCAUUGCGUUCCUCGUGCGCUGCCUGCAGCAGAACGACCACUCCGCCACCAUCGGAGUACUGCGCGUCUGCGCGGUUUUGGGUGAAUCGGCUCAGGUGAAAUUUUUGUGGGAAGGCGAAGGCAUGCUGUUCGAUGAAGUAUUCUCAAACACCAUUAAUCAGGCAUUUUGCCAAGCCGAAGUGAUGGAAUUUCUCGAUUGCGUGUUGGAUAGAAAAUAUUCGAAAAAAGAGGAUAUCCACAUGGUGUUGCGCCUGUUUUCGGAGGAUAAAUGGUUUAGUAUGCUAGUAAAAAUGCUGGCAUAUUAUACGGAACAAAACGUGGACGAUGCGGAUUUAUCCAAAAAAGUCUGCUCAGUGUUUUCACUGAUCGCUGUGAAAUUGGCUACCGUCCCCGAUUUGCCCGUGUAUCUUGCGCAGUACAAGGCAAAUUUUCAGAAGUAUGUGGAAAUGUUGCUGCAGCUAGUGCAGAAUGGCAGUCCGGUAAUCUGCGGUUUGGCGUUGAGCGGAUGGCUGCCCUUAUGGAGCAAUGGGGUACUGAAAACUCAACCGGAAGUGCAAGCGAGUGCGCUGAUUUUGUUGCAGCAGUGUUCGCGAUUAGCGUUGAUACAUAAGUUUAGUGAAGAGCCAUGGAUUAAACAGGAAUUCGGCGAUCAGGAAAGCUUGUUUCGGGAAUUUUUGAUUGGAUUACGGGUGAAAAUUGGAGAUAUAAUUCGAAAAAUCAGUGGCGUUUUUCCGAAGGAAGCGCUGGAUUUUUCCUUUGGACUGGUCACUUCUCUGGUGUGCAAACAGGAAUCCGACAAAAACAAGUGGUCCGCUGUUCUGACACUUUUGGACGGAACAACCAGAAAUGUGCCUGACGACAUUAAGACUAGCCAUCGUCAAGGCGCUUUCCAGCUUAUUCUUCAGUUAACCGAAAUGGACAAAAGCAACAUGAAAGAACUGCCAGAUGCUGGAUUAACGUCACUUCGACUGAGUCUUGUUUCAAAACUCGUUACGGCAUUUGUUCCCAAUCCACCACCUCAGGACGAAUCCGCUUCCCUCGACAUGGUGGUUAAAGUGCUCGAUCAUGACCUCCUCCUCUUGACAUCCACUGUAAUCGAUCAGACGUCGAAUGUUCGACACGAAGCCAAGGAGGACCUUCACAUACAUGCCCGCAACUUGUUUACGUCGUUAAGUCGUGUGCUGACCAAGCAGCUGCUGCAACGCUAUGACGAUCUGGUCAAUACUGUGCGCCGGCUGUUUGAUCCUGUACAUCGCCUGUCGACCGAUGAUCAGUGCGUCCUGUUAGACGGUCUUAUUACCGUCACCAAAAACUGUCAAGAUGAAGCGAAAAAAAGUCAGCUGAUCCGAGAAAUCCAGGCAGCCGUUGUGCCGUUUUGGUUAUCGGAAGAAUUUUGCCGGGCCAUCUCCUCCGCAGGGAAUUUUGCAGUAUUUUUUGGAUUGGAUAAACUGUCGGAUACCACAUUCCAAGACAGCGAAAUGGUUAUCCGAAGGAAUCAAAUUUUAUUCUGCUCCCGCGUUAUUGCGUCCACGUGCAUGCAUAUGAAUUGCAGUGCAAGUGAUCUGAAGCCGUUCCUAGAGAACAAUUUCUCUGUUAUUCGCUGCAUUCUUGAGUUGCAUUCUCCGAAGUUAACGGAUUCCAUCUUAAGGACCAACCAGACCAUGCUCAGUUUACCUGAAGGCGAAGUGCAGACUGUAUUAAAACCCGUUUUUGUUGAUUACUCCUCGCAUAAAUCUGUUCCCGUCUACGUACGCCGAAUUCAGAAUUGGCUGUUCUCUGUGUUCGAGAGUGUCUGCCGAAUCGUCGGAUUUGCCGGGCGAAGUAACGGCGGCGAAUUGUACGAAAUUCCAGAUUUUCGUUUAUCCUUGGAAAAUUCAGUUUUCCAUUCCGUCUGCGCCGGAUAUGUUCCACUAUUUCGUGUGCGAACAUUGGUCCGAGAAUUGCUUGCUCAUUAUAUUCGCAGUUGCCCCACUUCGUUGUUCCACACCGCCUUGAUUCCGGUCCUUAAGCUGCUUUGUCCUGUCGUAAGCAAUAUUUUGAACGUGUCAUGGAACUCUCUGGACACUGAAAGUGAUGAGAAAUUGGAAAUUCUCCUGACAGUGCUGUUGCGGGCUUUCACCAAAGAUUACUGCGCGCUCAUCCUUCAGAGAAUCUUAUGUGAUCAACACAGAGCUUCCGACGACAAUUCCAGUGUGGCUGAAGUGCAGGACACCGAAAUGAUGGAAGAUGAGUCCUCCGACAACGAGGAAGGAAACACCAAACCACAAGCGGCGAAAGCGCCGAAAAAGAACGCUGAUGAAAUUUCUCCACUUGGCCUUCUCUCUUUGCAGGACCCCGUUGUUGCCAAUGCGUUACUGAUGACGGUCUUCAAUGGAUUGUGGUGGCCUGAUAGUGAACUGUCAUUGAUUUUUGGUCGAUUAGCGCACCUCCUAAUUCCUGUAUCCGUUCGGAAGGAAAACAUUCUGAUUACUCCUAGCGGAGCCGAUUAUAUAAUUCGCUGUAUUUUGGCUGCGCUUAGAGCGCAUGGUCAGCACGAAGCCAAUCAGCUGAUCCUCAUUAAUUUAGGACUUUCCGUAUAUUACUUUUUGAAGCCGAUUCUGCCUGUGGAAGUUGAAGCUGGAUUCCGAUCCGAUGCUCUGCCAGAUCCCAAACUGGAGCAGGCUUUCAAACAGCUAGACAAGAUGCUAUUUGAAAAGGCUGACAGCAACAACAAUUUAUUUGCCAAACCGAAACGAGAGGCAUUCAAGCGUUUGGUGAACAGCCACAUUGGUAAGCCUUUAAGUCAACUGGAAAAGGUUGAGAUUUUGAUGCCGCGACUGGAACCGAAAUUCAAAAAUCGUUCAAAGAAUGUGGAAUCUUUUGGCGCCGAUGCUGUAAAUUCGGACUUGAAUCUGCCUAGUUUAUUUCUUAACCAAGCGAAGUGAUAAAAUUCUUCCAUGCACAUCUCUCCAUUGUUUUUUAUUUUGAUCACAGGAUCCGUACUGUAUGUCUGUAUCUAUCUUAUAACCGUGCUUGGGCCUUGUGCGAGUGGGCCGUGCUUGGGCCUUGUGCGAGUAAUGGUAAGUGAGUUUUCAAUAAUUUUUUUUAAAUUUGUGAUUGUUUUGUUGCAAAUUCUAAGUAAAGACGGAAAGCC